GUCCUAAUUCGCUCACCGUAAAAUAGUGACGUAUACAUCCUGAUAAAACAAAAUAUUGUCCUGGUGAACGGCGUAUCAAGGAGAGAGAGAUAGACUAAAGGAACAAAAAGUGCUCACACACACAAGUGAAGAUGGUCAAUGUUCUUAAAGGAGUUCUUGUCGAAUGUGAUCCCGCCAUGAAACAGUUUCUGCUGUACUUGGAUGAAACAUCAGCUCUGGGAAAGAAGUUUAUCAUUCAAGACUUGGAUGACACACACAUCUUCAUUUUAGCAGAAGUAGUUCAAAUCCUUCAGGAAAGAGUAGGGGAGUUAAUGGACCAGAACUCGUUCCCUGUCACCCAGAAAUAAAGUAACAAGAAAAAAUAAACAACAAAACAAAACAAAAAAACACAACAACAACUAUAUAACAGAGGCUAUGGAAUUCAAA